AGCGAAGCAAAAAACGAGAGAAAGGCUAAAUAAUCUUCAAGACAAUGACAGCAUCCUUAGUUGCAUUAAUUCUACUUUUGUUUACUGCAUUUGCAUCCGGUGGAAGAACAAAGCUCGAUUGGCGCACGGAGUACAGCGAUUCUUCCGAUGGUAUCUGUAAUUUAAUGGUGGUGACACAAGGCUAUACGUGUGAAGAGCAUCGAGUGACUACAAAAGACGGUUAUAUUCUGAGCAUGCAGAGGAUCCCGACCGGACGAACCGGCGGCGGAAAUAACGGCGGAGCUAAGCCGCCGGUUCUUCUCCAGCACGGACUCAUGAGUGAUGCGAUGACAUGGCUAUCGAAUUCGCCCGCCGAGUCAUUGGGAUUUAUAUUAGCAGACAACGGGUUCGACGUUUGGUUGGCUAGUGUGCGCGGGACCACUUACAGCACCGGACACACGUCUCUCACUCCUGACGAUCCGGAAUACUGGAAUUGGUCGUGGGAUGAAUUAGUAGCAUAUGAUCUUCCAUCUACAUUCCAAUAUGUUUAUAACCAAACAGGGCACAAGUUGCACUAUGUUGGCCAUUCCUUGGGUACGUUGAUGGCGUUCGGUGCAUUUUCAAGAAACGAGGUGUCGGAUAUCGUAAGAUCAGCUGCUCUACUUAGCCCCAUAGCUUACAUGGGACAAAUGCCGUCUCCACUAGCCCGAGCUGCUGCCGAUUCAUUCAUAGCCGAAGACUUGUACUGGUUGGGACUGAACGAGUUCGACCCCGGAGGGGGAGCUGCUUCCAAACUUGUGGCUGAAGUCUGCACCAAAAUCAACUGUACCGACUUGGAGAGUGUUAUUACCGGUCCAAAUUGUUGCAUGAACACAUCAAAGUCGAAUCUUGACCACCAACAACCAACUGCCACAAAGAACAUGGUCCAUCUUGCACAAAUGAUCAGACGAGGGACGAUAGCGAUGUACGACUACGACGACGAAGGCGAGAACAAAAAACACUACGGGCAAUCGAGUCCUCCGGAGUACAACAUUACGAGCAUACCGAACAACCUCCCGAUUUUCCUUGGCUACGGUGGGAAAGAUUUGCUGUCGGAUGUAAACGACGUGCAAACGUUGAUCGAUACAUUAUCGGACCACGAUCCCGAUAAGAUCGUGUUGCAGUAUACGGAAGAAUAUGCUCAUUUGGACUUUGUUUAUGGGAUUAAUGCUAAGGAAGUUGUCUACAAUCCUCUCAUUGCCUUUUUCAACCUUAAUUAAAAACAAUUAUCCCUUUUUUUUUUUUAAUUUAAAAAAAAAUCAAAUUGGAUUAUUUCAUGUAUGAUAUUAUGUAAAUAUUGUAAUUGCAAAGUAUUUUGUUUUUGGUAUAUUAUUGUUCGGACUUUGUUAAAUGACCACUUCAUCUGAAGACUUAAAUUUCGAACAUAUUCAUGUACCGAUAAAUUAAUUACAUUUUUGAUACCUUUCACAAAAUAAUUAGUAAAACAAAA